AUGUUACGGUGGCAUUACACUGAAAUAUUUCUGUUAACGACACUGCUGUUGCUAUACUAUGGUACCGAUGUAGCAAAUGCACAGUGUCCUCCAGUACAAAGUCCAUGUCGAUGUGCUCCAUCGGUGUAUGAGCCUGUUGCAAUUGUUUGCGAAAAUGCUGGUAGCCUUACGAAUGUAAUCACUGCCAUAUCAUCGGCUCAAAAUACACCUAUUGAUUCGUUGCUAAUCCUUGAUACGGCAAUACCAGCUCUUCCUGCAAACGCUUUUCGAGGUUUCACUAUUCUUCGGAUUGUCCUCAAUCGUUGUACUCUGAGCCAAAUUGACGACAAUGCAUUUGACGGGCCGCUUCUGGAUUCCUUAGUUGAGCUUGACCUUUCGGACAAUCAGCUAGGGGGUGUUCCACAAACCGGUGUUCCACGGUUACGCAAUUUGCGAAAGCUGUACUUGAAUCGGAAUCGUAUCAAUCAAUUAGAUUCGAACAGUUUUAUCAGAUAUGAGAGUCGCGAUUUAUUGCAAAAACUUGAAUUGGCCAGCAAUCGUCUUACCAAUCAAGGCCUCGGUGAUUCGACUGUAUUUCGGCCAUUACGGUCAUUACAAGAAUUGAGCUUAGAAACCAACGCUCUGACGCAAAUUCCAAGUGCUUCAUUGGUUAACCAACGACAAACGAUGACUAAUCUAAAUCUUGGGUUAAAUCAGAUUAAUGAUGUUCCUGUCGGUGCACUGGAUUUUCCAAAUCUUAAUUCGUUGUCAUUAGAAUUCAAUGGAAUCACUAGGAUAGCACCAGAGGCAUUUCAAGGUGUACCAAGUUUACAAUUUUUAUACCUAACUGGUAACAAGUUCCCAUCGUGGCAACCAGAAAUGUUCCGAUAUAUAGGCCAACUAAGAACACUGGGAAUUGGUGAAACACCAAUAUCCGUUAUUCCAAACAAUGCUUUUCAGGAUUGA